GGUUGCAAACCCGCUCAAAACCGAAAAAACCAAACCAAGAACAGGGUGAGUUCCUGGUGAUAUUGUGCAUGCUGCACAGUGCCAGAGAGCGACAUGCCACCUGCCAGUUCCCCUCGUUUUCCCUUUAUUAAUAAUGAAAACCACCACGUCUGGAUGAAAGGAUGCAUGAUAAUAACCCUCAGCCAAAUUUGUCCAAGUUCUUCUCCGCAUCUGCUGCUGCUCCGUCCAGUAACGACAUGACAUGAGGGCUCCCAGAGAACUCGAAGACGUUGGCGUCCAUCAAUCGACGCAACGCAGGUACUAACAAACAAGCUUUCAUUUUGAUGCAUUUAGUUACGGGGUAGUACAUAAGCAUUUCCUUUGGAACUGUUACACAAUUUCCAAACGCGCAUCCGGCCGGAUCGGAUCGAGGAUUGGGGAACGGGGAGCAGCAGCCUAGCCCAGCAUGACUCCAUAUAGCUAGCUAGCUAGCUUUCCUCUGAUUACCAGAGCCUCUGAGGUAGCCGAUCGACCGUGCUCUCUCCUCCGGCCCCGAACUCAGUAGUAUCGCGUGCCCAACAAUUCAUCAACGAGCGGGAGCUCCAGUGCAUGGUGAUGGCCAGUUUCUCCCUGCAAGUCCUCCUAUUCUUCCUCUCUGGCUUUCGCAAACGCUACAGCUCCCGCGCGCUCAGCGUCGUGCUGUGGCUCGCCUACCUAUCGGCUGACUCCCUCGCCGUUUACAUCCUCGGCCGCCUCACCCUCCGUGGCGGCGGCGGCGGCAACCGGUUCGCCCUCUUCUGGGUGCCCUUCCUGCUUCUCCACCUAGGUGGGCAGGAGACCAUGACGGCCUUCUCCAUGGAGGACAACGCGCUGUGGAAGCGCCACCUUCUGAGCCUCGCUACCCAGGUUCCAAUGGCCAUCUAUGCCAUCGGCAAGCAACUGCAACUGCAAGGAGACGACGUCGACCGGCGGCUCGUGGCUCCCAUGGUGCUGGUGUUUGUCUCCGGGACGGCGAAAUACGCCGAGAGGAUCUGGGCACUCCGGCGAGCUGGCUCCGUGGCGCCGGGAACUGGAGCAAGUAACUCCUCCAGCUCAAAUCUUGUUGCUCGUGCGUCCAGCGACGCCUUCUGGAACACGCAGGCGUAUUACAGUCAGCUCUGCAUCGUUGUUUCAGAGAAGCAGGAGAGGAAUUCCGAGUUGAUCCUGCAUGUGGCAGCCGAGGGCUUCAAACUAAGCCUCUAUUUCUUGAUGGACAUGACCCCUUCCAUCUGCCUGUUUCCAGCAGAUAUCAACGGGAUCAAGCAGGCUGUGGAUGUGUUCAAAUCUUCAGAGAACAUUGUCCAUAUGGCAUACAAGUUGGCCGAGAUCAACCUCUCAUUGAUCUAUGACUACUUGUACACCAAGUUCGGCACCCGCCAUUUCCACAUGGUCCCAUUUUGCAUUGCCUUUCGCCGGAUCCUCGCUCUGGUCCUAAUAUCAGGUGCGCUUGGGUUGUUCGUGACCGCCAUGGCCGGCGGUCCGAAUCAGAAGGAUCACGACGACGAUGGAGCUGAUGUCAUCAUAUGCUACGUACUACUCGUCGGCGCCAUCAUACUUGAGAUAUGCUCUAUCUUCAUGUCGUUUAUCUUCUCAAGUUGGGCGUACAACACCACGUUUUCUCUCCCACUGAACUGUCCAAUGUGCCAAAGCUUCCCUGGCACAGUUGCAGCAAUGGUCAGAAUAGCCAGGAAUCUGCAUCCGGAAAGCAGAGGCGAGUGGUCGGCAAGUAUGGCGCAGUACAGCAUAAUCCGGGACUGCAUCAAGGAGAAACAAGAAUCCGGCCUGUUACGACGGACGAUGCGUUGGGUCGGCAUCGAUCAGCGUGCCGUGAAUCAUGUCGGCGUCUCUCCGGUGAUGAAGAAGCUGGUCCUAGGCAAAUUGCUCGAGAUAGCGGCCACUCCACGCGUGCAGGAAUGGGACAUUGGAGUCGGCAAGUUCAGUGGCCAGUGGGCAAACUGGGCCGUUGAGGCAAUGCAAGAUCGUCAUCAGCAGAGUGCAGCUCGCCAGGUGCUUCAGGUCAGCAACAUCAAAGGUUUGGAGUUCGUCUCAAGUGCUCUUCUUUGGCACAUUGUCACGGAUAUAAGCUUGCUCGCAGUCGCAGCUCAUGACGAUGUUGAUGAUGUACACAGCGUUAACUCCAUUCAGGAUCCGGAGGAGCAUUUACAAGGUGUUUCCUCUCUGCAUGAGAAUGGCAAUGUAGGCGGCAGUUCAGAUCACGGCGGCUCUCCACAGCAUGAUCAUGAGAAUGGAGACGGCAAUUCCAUUCAGGAAGUGCGUUCAGAUCACGGCGGCUCUCCACAGCAAGAUCAUGAGAAUGGAGACGGCAAUUCCAUUCAAGAAGUGCGUUCAGAUCACGGCGGCUCUCCACAGCAUGAUCAUGAGAAUGGAGACGGCAAUUCCAUUCAGGAAGUGCAUUUAGAUGGCAGCUCUUCACACCAUGACCAUGAGAAUGCAAAUGUAGACGGCGGCGACAGCAGUUUUUGUCACGGUAAGGAUGAAGACGACGACGGCAGCAUCUCUGCGUUGAGAGGCGCUGCCAGAGAGCUGUCAGAUUACAUCAUGUACCUCGUUGCAGACUGCGGCGCCAUGGCCGGCAGUGAAGGGCACUACGCGGUCAUUAAGGGCAAGCGGGAGAUGUCGAACUGGCUGCUUGAGCAGACGACGACGACGACGACGACGGCGGCUACUGGAGCAGCGUGUGAUCGGAGAACGGUGCUUGAGGAGAUCCGCGACAAACCUAGCUCUUUCUUCCACGAAGACUACUACCCCGUGCUGGAUCGAGCUCGCCGGGUUGCCUCCGACUUGCUUCGGAUCGCAGAAGCAGGGGAACGUUGGAAGCUGAUUGCUGCCGUAUGGUUAGAGAUGCUUUGUUACAUUGCAUACAACUGUGGAGCCGCGUUCCACGCCAAGCAUCUAACCACCGGUGGUGAGUUCGUCACUCAUGUCAAGAUGAUCCUGUUUAUGCUAGGUGUGCCUUUUCUUAGGGAUGUCAAGGAACCCUUGCUAUCUAAAGCCGGGGACAUAUAUUCAUAACAUGCUCCUCUUUAUUUUGGCAGCAGACUUGCUAUAAUCUUUGAUAAAUACUGGAAAGAAUUAGGGCCUACUCACCGCACUCAACCAUUGCUAAGACUUUCCAAUACGUAUGACACCUCAAUUAAUAUUCAUGCAUGGUUGUGUUCAGCAGUUAUUCUUUCCAAAGGCUUUGGCCUUGUUUACUUCCACCUAAAAACUCAAAUUUUUUUCAAGAUUCUCCGUCACAUCGAA